AUGAACAUAACACCUGGAUCUAUCUUCUGCCUGUCCGACCUCAUCAACGCUUUCUACCAACAAUUCGCCAGCAGUCGUCAGUUGGAGAAACAAACAAGUGACCUCUAUCGGUUGGUCCAAGGACCUACCGAGUCGGUACGCGAUUAUUUUAACCGUUUUAAUUGUGAAAAAAUUAGCAUAAAAAACUGUGAUGUCAGGACAGCCAUCGAAGCAUUCAAGAGAGGUCUCGUCCCCAACUCAGAGCUGUACCGGGAACUAACCAAAUAUCCCUGUGCAAACUUCGAAGAAGUCAGAUCGAGGGCUACUGCCCAGAUGCGGAUUGAAGACGACGAGAUUACACGAAUGGUUUCUCAGCGACCAGCAGGGGGCAGCAGCGACAGGAGGUCGUACACCCCAAGGAACAACGGCUGGAGACACCAACCAUACAACCGCCAGGGUCAGGUACAAAAUGUCAAUCAAUAUGAUGAUACUAACAGUGUUUACAGGAAUGAACGGGACGUUUAUCCCCCCAUCUCCGAGUAUGGCUUCAACGUCGACAUCGGAGGCGUGGUAAACGCCCUUCAAAGUGUAGGUGGUACCGUCAGAUGGCCUAAGAAGAGUGACAGACCAGACUCUAUGAAGGACAUGAGCAGGUGGUGGGACUUCCACCGCGACAAUGGCCACACAACCGAGGAAUGCAUCUCCCUCAAAAAGGAGGUUGCGUAUCUAUUGAAAAGAGGCCACCUGAAGGACCUACUGAGCGACAAAGGAAAGGAGACGUACAACAAGGAUAGCAGCUCCCAACCCAACCCAGCACCAAGCGGCGACCGACCAGCCCCGCCCACGUUCGAAAAAGUGGUAAACGUUAUUUCUGGUGGUUCAGAUAUAUGUGGACUAACUUCUUCUGCAGCUAAAAAAAUCAACAGGGGCGAAUCUGAAGCCGUCAAAGAGGGGCAGACCGAAGACGAAGUAGCACUCGACAAGUCAUUAGCGGCGAUGAUAAUAACCUUCGACGACUCAGAUUCAACCGACACAAUACAGGAACAUCAUGACGGACUAGUCAUAUCGCUCCCAAUAGGCAACGCUCUCAUCAAAAGGAUAUUGAUCGACAACGGCAGUUCAGCAAACGUAUUGUUCCUAGAGGCUCUGCAGGAAAUGGGACUAGACGAAAAGAGUAUAAUCAGAAGGUCGACAGUCCUAGUAGGAUUCAGUGGAGAAUCGCUACGAACAGUAGGAGAGAUAUCGCUGCCUACGUACGCAGAAGGUGUUAAUGUGAUGACCAAAUACAACGUCGUCGACUGCCCAUCAGCAUACAACGUCAUUUUGGGACGACCAUGGAUCCACAAAAUGAAGGCGGUGCCGUCGACAUACCACCAGUCAAUCAAGUUCCCAACCAAAUGGGGAGUCAUGGAAAUCAAAGGACAGCAAAGGGACGCAAAGAAAUGUUAUGAAACGGCGCUGAAACCAUCAAAGUCAUCCAUCUAG